UGAGGCUCCGCCUCAUCCUCCUCCGCCGGCGGUGGCGGCGGGGAGGGGCGUGUUUGUGAGGGGCUGUGGUGAGCGGGGGUUCUCCGUCCGUCAGCCUGUCAGUCAGUCGGCCUGUCAGUCGGUCUGUCAGCCUGUCAGUCGGUCAGUCAGUCAGUCAGUCAGUGAGGGAGGCUUUUCCGUCGGCGGGGCCAUGGCGGCGGCCGGCGCCCGAGGCCUCCGCGCCUCCUACCACCGCUUCCUCGACAAAGUGGAGCUGAUGCUUCCGGAGAAGAUGCGCCCCCUCUACAACCACCCCGCCGGUCCCAAAACUGUUUUUUUCUGGGCACCAAUAAUGAAAUGGGGGUUGGUGGGAGCUGGAUUAGCUGACAUGGCCAGACCUGCCGAAAAACUCAGCACAGCCCAGUCUGCCGUUUUAAUGGCUACAGGGUUCAUUUGGUCAAGAUACUCUCUCGUCAUUAUUCCUAAAAACUGGAGUCUGUUUGCGGUUAAUUUCUUCGUCGGUGCUGCAGGAGCCUCUCAGCUCUUCCGUAUAUGGAAGUACCAGCAGGAACUAAAAUCCAAGGAAAGUCAGUAAAGAGCCCUCGGUUUGCCGAACAACUCCACCAGUGGACGUAACCCCCGGAGGAACCUCGAUUGACUAAGAAUCGUCGUCUUUGGCUCUUCCGAAGAGAAUGCUAAUAAUAUUAACACCCUGAGAGGAAGUGUGUCUGUAACUAGCUAUCAUGCAGAGUCUCAAUGAACUGAUAAAUAAAACAACCUUUUAGUAAUGGUUCA